UUUACAUUACUAUACAUUUAAUAAAAAAUUUUAAAAUGAAGUUCCGAAAUUUAAGUGUGAUUUUAUUUGUAAUUGUGUGUUUAAUAUCGCAAAAUAAUGCGUAUAAAAUUUUGGGAGUAUUUGCAUCAGCAAGUAAAAGUCAUUUUCUAUUAGGCUCGGAGUUAAUGAAAAGUUUAGCGGCCAGUGGACAUGAAGUUACAAUGAUUAGUAGUUUUCCAUUAAAAAAACCAGUUAAAAAUUAUCGAGAUAUACCGCUGACAUUUAAUGUUAAAGAUGAGCAAACCAAAUUAAUGGGUGAACAAAAUUUUUUUCAAGAAGGUGAAAAUUUUGGAUUAGAUUCAGUAAAAAAAUUUUUUACAACUGGUUUAACUAUAACUGAAAAAAUUUUGUCUGAUGCAAAUUUACAGAAGUUACUAAACUCAAAUGAACAUUUUGACGCAGUUAUUACCGUUGCAUUCACAUACGAAGCAACAUAUGCAAUUGCAAGCCAUUUUAAAGCACCUUUAAUUGUCUACAGUACUGUUGGUGCUUCAAUCUUAGUUAAUGAAUUGGUUGGAAAUCCAAAUAAUUAUGCUUAUGUGCCAGAUCUGAUGCUUGGAUUUACUGAUCGAAUGUCAUUCAAAGAACGAGCAAUAAAUACGAUUGUGAAUACAAUGUUUGAUUUUGUACGAUAUUUUUACUAUUUACCUGAACAAUAUGCUAUUACCAAGAAAUAUUUCCCAAAUGGUCCAGAUUUAUAUGAAAUUAUGAAGAAAACUUCGUUGGUGUUUAUAAAUUCACAUGUCAGUGUAUCGUAUCCAAGACCAUUUGUUCCAAACAUGAUUGAGAUAGCUGGUCACCAUGUACAAGAUCCAAAACCACUACCAGCUGAUUUACAAAAAUUUAUGGACGAUGCAAAACAAGGUGUUAUUUAUUUUAGUUUAGGUUCAAAUGUACGAAGUUCAGAUUUAGGAGAAAAACGUAUUAACGAAAUUUUAAAAGUAUUUUCAAAAUUACCUCAAAAAAUCAUCUGGAAAUGGGAAACUGAUACAUUACCGGGUCAACCGAAAAAUGUUCUCAUCAGUAAAUGGCUACCACAAAAUGAUAUUUUGGCUCAUCCAAACCUUAAGUUAUUUAUAACUCAUGGAGGAUGGUGUAGUACUGUAGAAUCAAUUGUGCGAGGUGUUCCAUUAAUUGGAAUACCAGCUUUAGCCGAUCAACUACUUAAUAUGAGGAAAGCGGAACAACAGGGCUUAGGCAUUUUAUUGGAUUUUAAGAAUAUUACGGAGACAUCAUUUUCAUGGGCUUUAAAUGAACUUUUAAACAAUCCAAAAUAUAAAAACGCAAUGAAAGAAACUUCAAAAUUAUUUUUGGAUAGAGAAAUUAAACCCGUAGAUCGAGCGAUAUAUUGGGUAGAGCAUGUGAUACGAAAUAAAGGGGCUCAUCAUUUACAAUCAGCGGCUGUUCACUUAACACGUCCUCAACUUAUUUUAUUAGAUGUUGUGGCAUUUUUUGGUGCUAUACUUCUUGUAAUUUUAUUAACCACCUAUUUUACUUGUAGAUUUAUUUUAAGAAAACUAUGUAAAUUAUUAUUUGGAAAUUCCAAUAGUAAAAAGAAGACUGAUUAAGAAUUACAAAUUUUUGAAUACACUUUUUUAAUAUUUUG